AUGACCACUAGUGUACAUGUCAACGGGACAGCCCCCGUCAGCCGCCGAGAAAAACUCUACCAAGAGCUCAUUCACCGCAAAGCCGUUCUAACCGAUUUUCAACACUUGCCCACUGUAGUAUACGACUGGCAAACUGCCGAGGGGCCCUAUCUUCCACACAUAUAUCAAAGACUUGGCGAUCGCGAGGGAAGAUCCAACGGGGUUCCCAAGAACCUCAUGGAGAUGAGAAUUACACGGCAAAGACAUCUCAUGGCGUCGAACUCGGCCAUGCCGCUGAUCGCCCCAUAUGAAGUAUUCUAUCCCGGCGAUCUCGUCUACAAUGUGCGCUAUACCAUAUCCGCCGCUCUGGAAUAUUUGAAUCCCGACGGAACACAGAUUGAACCGCUACUGGUUCAUGGUCCGGAUGCACAUAGUGUUGUUAUUAGGACUACGUAUUCGACGCCUCCACGCACGGCGAUUCAUAAUAUUCCGCAUACGGCACCCGGAGGGUUGUAUUCGUGGGAUAAUAUUAGUACUAAAGCGGUGCAGACUAUGUUGUAUGCGCAUGGGAUGAUUUUGUUUGGGGCUGAUGGGAAGAGGAGAGAAGUGCCGUUGGAGGAUGAGGUUGUGAGGGAGUUGAUGGGGGAUGUUGAGGCGUGUGUGAGGGAGAGUGUUGGGGAUACGUGGAGGCUUGGAGAUAAUACUAUUGGGUGUGCGUCGGAGGAAGAUAAGUUAGAUACGGAAAUUGGUUUUCGAUCGAGAUGA